AUGGAUGGAUUCAGAAUCUAUAAUAACAAAUAUCAUAAUGUAGUCAAUAUAGAUUUUUUAAGGAAUUAGAAAUUAUGGUUUAGAAGUCCCAUUAAAUUGAUCCCAACUCAUAUAUACAAAAGAUUUAGAAAAUCAAUCUCUCAGAUUUCAAUAUUUUACCCUAAAUUGGAAUAAUUUAAUUAAUUUGAUGAAUAUAUUAGAUGUAAGUAAAUGUUGUCAAUUUUAGAAUUAAGUUCUUAAAAAUUUACUCAAAGUGAUUAAUAAUAAUUAUUCCAUAUUUAUCAAAAUGAUUAAGAAAUCCAAUAAGUGAAAACUGAAAUGAGUAUUUGAACAUCAUAGGAUAUUUAAAAUAGUCAUUAAUCAAAUACCAAACCUUUUAAUUAUUAACUAAUCCAAGAUUUUCCAAUUUCAUAAACUUAGUAAUGUUGUCCAAUAACUAUUGAAUAAGAUUGUUUAAGGUUGGCGGCUGGAUUUACUUAAAUAAUUAAAUUAUUUGAGUUAAACUCAGGAAUGAUCAAAAAUUUAAACUUUAAAUUAACGUAAGAUAAGAUCAAAAUUAAACUUUAUGCAGAAAUCUAAAUAGUUUAUAUUUGA